GAGAGCAAUCGGGCUGCGCGGAGCUGGUUUGGUCGUUCUUCGCGGUGGGUGUCUUCGGCGGCUAGGAAGGGCGAUUCGGUGUGUGUACACGGGUUUUUAGUCGAGUCGAGAAGGAGCACCGACCAGGAGCGUCCUCGGCCUAGUGUCCCUGGACUGCUGCUACCUCCGGAAAGCCCCAGGCUGCUUCCGCAGCGACAAAACCCGAGCUCUUCCAGCUCGCAGCUGGGAAUGCUUUUUGUUCUCACAGAAGGAGGCGUGGCAGGCGAGCAGAAGGACUGUCAACCUGCGGGUGGAGCCCCAGGGCCCUAUUCUAAAUCCUGUGCUGCAAGGUGCCUCCAGGGCGAAUUAGCACUUGUGCUGAGUGUAGAAAUCCUUUAAGCUCUGUGAAGUUCAGCCCCAUCACCUUUAGAACCUCUAAUCUACAAGGCUUGUUUACUGCACAUGGAAUCACCAAAAAGAUCCCUCUCUAAUCAAUAAGUUGAGCAAUUGAAUAGACACAUUAUUCCAGCAUCUGAUCAGCUUGUGCCUGCAUAGAGAUUAGACAAGAAAAACAUCAUGCAGACUCAAAUUUGUGUUGGAACCUCAGUGUUGUCUUGAAAACACCUGAAUGUCCACCUGCCCUCAUUAAUCUAUUAAUUUCAUGUAACCAGAGUGCUGUCCUUUGUGUCUGUGAGAAUCAGAAGUGUAUCUGGCCCAUCCAUUCCCCCGUACUCAGGAGUUCUAGUGCUGGAGUCAGGAUGGCAGCAGCUAUCAUUCCGCUAAUAUAUGUUCAGUCUUCUCUGUACCCACUGUCUCCUGAGGAAGGGCAGAUGGGGAAAGAAGGGCUAGCCACUGAGUUCUUGACAAGUUUGUUACAGGAAUUGGUGUCCUUCGAAGAUGUGACUGUACAGUUCACACAGGAGGAGUGGGCUCUGCUGGAUCCUUUACAAAGAACUCUGUACAGGAACGUAAUGCUGGAAAACUGGAAGAACCUGGCCUCACUUGGACAGCACCUUGAUAAACCAAAUCUGAUAUCCCAGUUGGAACAAGAAGACAAAGUUAUAACAGCAGACAGAGGAAUCAUUCCAGGCAUUCACCCAGAUUUGGAGACUAUACUUAAAGGCAAAUGGCUAACUCCUAAGAAUCAUAUUUUUAGAAAAGAACAUGCUAAUGGUGGAAAAACAGUACAACUGCAGGAAAGAGGUCAUCAUGGAAUGAAAGUCAAUGAAUGCAAUCAGUGUUUUAAAGUCUUCAGCACAAAAUCUAACCUUACUCAGCACAAGAGAAUUCAUACUGGAGAAAAACCAUAUGACUGUACUCAGUGUGGAAAAUCCUUCCGAAGCAAAUCUUAUCUUACUGUUCACAGAAGAAUCCAUAAUGGAGAAAAACCUUUUGAAUGCAAUCACUGUGGGAAAGCAUUUAGUGAUCCCUCAUCCCUCAGACUUCAUGUAAGAAUUCACACUGGGGAAAAGCCCUAUGAAUGCAACCUGUGCUUUCAUGUCUUUCGUACCAGUUGUAACCUCAAAAGCCACAAAAGAAUUCACACAGGGGGCGAAAAUCACCAUGAAUGUACUCAGUGUGGAAAAGCCUUCAGUACAAGGUCCUCACUCAUUGGACAUAGUAGCAUUCAUACUGGAGAAAAACCAUUUGAGUGCCAGGAUUGUGGGAAAACCUUCAGGAAGAGCUCAUAUCUAACCCAGCACUUAAGAACUCACACUGGCGAGAAGCCCUAUGAAUGUAAUGAGUGUGGGAAAUCUUUCAGCAGCAGUUUUUCUCUAACUGUACACAAGAGAAUACAUACUGGAGAGAAACCAUAUGAAUGCAGUCACUGUGGAAAAGCUUUUAAUAAUCUCUCAGCUGUGAAGAAGCACUUAAUGACUCAUACUGGACAAAAGCCCUAUGGAUGUAGCCAUUGUGGAAAAUCUUUCACCAGUAACUCCUACCUCUCUGUGCACAAAAGAGUACAUAAUAGGUGGAUAUGAAUUGUGGUGAGAAAUUACUAAGGGAAUUGCUGGGCAGAAAUCAUCUUUGUUGAUCCUAAGAUAACUUGAGAGAAUUUGCGUCAGGUGUAUACAUUAUCUAUUGCUCUGUAUAUCCUCCUCUACCCGCCUCCCCAAUUUUGUGGCUUCAGACAAAUACCUCACAAGUUGUAGGUCAGGAAUAUGAAGGCACCUUAGUUCAGUAGUUUUUUUCUCAGGACUUCUCAUGAGCUUACAUUCAAGACUUCAAGCAGAGCUGCAGUCUUUUAAACUUGUGAUUGAAGGAGCCAUUUCUAUGAUGUUUCACACACAUGCCUAGUGAUUUUCCACUGGUUAUUGACAGGAAACCAUCAGUACUUCACCAUGUAGGCCUCUCUGUGUGAUUAUGUAUCUCUAUAAUAUGGCAAAAGAACAGCUCACCACCCCCAAGUAAAUGUUCCAAGAGAGCCAAUUAAGAAAUGAAGUAUCACCCGCCAGGCCAUGGUAGCGCAUGCCUUUAAUUCCAGCACUUGGGAGGCAGAGGUAGGCGGAUUUCUGAGUUUGAGUCCAGCCUGGUCUACAGAGUGAGUACCAGAACAGCCAGGGCUACACAGAGAAACCCUGUCUCAAAAAAAAAAAAAUGAAAUAUUGUUUAUGACCUUGGUUCUAGAAAGUCCAGAUUCACUUCUUCCCUGUUAUACUCUCAGUCACAAACCAACCUUAUACUGGGUGAGGGAAAACUACAGAAUACCUGAGGGCCAGGAGAUAGCUCUCUGAGAACCAUUUGAGAAACUUGCCAUGAAAUUAAUGAAGAGAAGCCUUCAAUAGAUCUUCAUUCUUUUGAUAAGUAUAAAAUGACAUUCAGUUAAUUGUUAAAUCUCUCUGCAAAGAUGUCUAUAUGAUAGAGUUUUUUAGUUUUCUUUGUAUGUGCCCCAAAGAUGACGUGUUGGGUAAAUCUUGUGGGUAGAAUAAUGAGAAUGCGACAGUGGCCUCUAGUGAUCCCAGUCUUUUCAGUCUUUCUGGUGCACAAUCCCACAACUGAAAAAUACAAGAAAUUCAGGAAACUACAGCAAAAUGUUCACAUAACUGACCACAAGUAAUGAAGUGCUCUGCAGUGAUCAUGGGAAACCUUUGACUGUUUCCUCUCUUGAAGAGGAAUGAGAAUGCUUUCUGAAAAAUCCCCUUGAGCUCGAAAUCAUUGGCAAGCCUUUGAGGUGUCCUCUAAUGGAUUUCUCCUAAGCAUAUAAAUUAGAGGCAUACCUUAGGAAAGUGAAGUAAUAUAUGUCAGGGUGCUUUAGCAUUAGCUCUCUAUUGAGAAACUGUAAUAAUUUAUUCUGAAAAUGAAAUGGAUGAGUGUGGGGUUACCUCUAUCAGUAGGUAGUAUCUGUAGGUUCAAUUACCAGAUUAUUAAUUUAUAGUUUUGUUCUAUAGCCACAUAUGUUUAUAUGUAUGACUCCACUGCACUCCUCACCCACAAACAAGCUCUUAACAUUUCCAAAUUCUCAGUGCAGUGUACUUGUAGCUUGUCUUCUGAAGAGCUGGGCUUGGUUGCACACAAUACUAAUUGUAGUACAUAGAAGACUGGCAAUAUGGAUUUUGAAUUUGAUGCCAGCCUGACCAGCUGACAUAGUAUUUUUGUCAGAGGAUGCAACUUUUUGAUAUUAACCCUUUUUAUUCUUUCUGUCCUGUGAAUCCCUGCUCUCUAUUGUCCUACUUAGAGCCAACAAGAUGGGUCAGUGGGUGAAAGUGCUUGCCACAUAACCUGAUCACCUCAGUUUGGUUCCCAUAACCCAGACAGUGAAAGGAGAGAAUGGACUUCCAGAUGUUAUCCUCUGACAUCAGCAUACAUGUCAGCCCAACAACCAAGUAAAUACCUUUUUAAAAUAUGUAAGCAGUGUUAAAAUAAUACAUCAGGAUUUCUUGAAGCCUAAACACUGGUGCCAUGAAAUUUGGAGGCUGAAGGCAAAGCCUGACUUCUUACUCAUUUUCUCUUCUGUUGGCAACUGGCUGUAACAUCUGGAAUAAGAACUGUUUUGUCGUGUCAUGAUCAUGAUGGCAUAAACAAGGGAACAGGAACAGUGAUUUAGUUUCCUCUAAAACCUAUGAACAACAUGAUUUUUUUUGUUUGUUUUUUGAGUUGACAUUCAGUUCCAGCUAAAUGCUGUAUCUAACUGGUAAAUCUGUGUGUCAAAUGAUAUCCAUAGUUCUUUGAGAGUAAUGUAUAUUCUCUUACAUGUUUAUACAUGGUGUUUGCAUGUUAAUGUAGUCUAUUUUAAUGGUAAAAAACAAAAAAAAUCAAACAAAGUGAUUUGGUGGUAGAGCCAUAGUAGUCUUCUACUAUGAUUAUGGAUUAAUAUUCUUCUGAUUUUGCCAUUUUUAAAUUUUAUUUUGAAGUUCUGUAGCUAGGUACAUACAAGGUUAAAUGGAUUUUAUGCAAAAUGUUCCUUAUUUUAUAGGAACCACAUUGUUUUUAUAAUAAAGUACUAGAAUGCAUUGAUAAUAAAUGGUCAAACACUAUAUAGUGUUUUUCAUAGAUAAGCAGAAAUACCUUAUAGGCAACUAUUGAGUACUCUGGAUAAGCAUCCUUGUGUUCAGCUGUUAUUCCAAGUUUACCAAUGAAGAAGUUCAUAUAGCACACAUUAGUCACUUGUCUAAGUUCUCUGACUAAUAGUAUAGUCCUGAUUUGGACAUAAGACAGUCACUUACCUUAAUACUACCUCAUCUAUUGAGUACUUUCUGGGAACUGUUGUGUAGGUAUUUGCUGAAUUGAAAUAUUCUAUCCUAUGGGAAACAAGAAUGCACUAAAUCGCAUUGGGAGAGGAAGCUAACUAAACAGGAAACUCAUCAAACUUUCAGGAUUCAAAAUUUUCAAGAGCCCAAAUUAUGAUUGCUGCUAAAGAGGAAGCUUGUAU